GAAGACUUGCGUCAUUCAAUUUCUUUUAUAAAGUUACUACGGCAUUGGGCUGCUUUUACUAGUAAAAAACAAAGCGACAUGACGUACCUAUUAACUUUGCUAAAGUUGUACGAGCCUAACCCGACCUACGCAUUACUACCUAGCACGGGAAAGGAAUUGAUGAAGAUUGACGGCAACGACUGGCCUACUUCGAGAAAUAAGCAAUUGAAAAACAAACUGCCUCCAGCCAUUUCAAUUGAUAGUGGAAAAUAUGUCCACUUUGGUGUAGAGAAUGCCAUAAAUGGUAUCUCUGUGGGACUGAUUAAUCGAGCCACAGAUCUUGUGAAGUUCUUCGACGUCUAUCAGAAAAAUUCAAAUCUGUUAUCAAAAAGCAUGCGUGCAAGAAUUGAAGCCCUUGACACAACAUUUCAAAUUGAGCAGGCAAAACUGGUCCUACGAGGUGAAUUUACUACACGCGAAGCUGAAAUAAAUGUGCCUCAUUACGAAAUGGAUAUGAAUAUUGAUGAAGCGAAGCUGAAUGAGGACAAACAAGCUGCUACUAUUACUCCUAUACUAGGGAAGCUAGUUUCUAUCAAAUCCUCAGCUUCAAGCGAUGAAGGUACCAAAAUCCUGUUAGACACCUCCGUUUUUGUGAUUGGGUUUUAUGUGGGCGUUGGGAAACCGGCCGACAUCAACAGUUUUCUUAGCAAUCUCAUUAGUGAAUUAAUUCUCUUGUCACCGACUCACUUAAAAGAUCCUACUGAUGUUAGUCCCUUUAAAGAAAUUAAUUGUCGUAUGGUAACUUGCUUUAUUAUUGAUCCGAUGCACACUGUAAUUGAGGGAGCUUUUGGGCGUCGACUCGAGGGUUUUGUGUUUGUGUCGGGGGAGGGUAAACUUAGCACCACUAAAAUUGCUGAAGCCGAUAAAAGAAUUAAGUUCUUUCACGCGUGUCGCCCAGAAGAAUUUGACAGAUAUAUUGGAAAGCUUUCAACUUGCAAAAGUUAUAAAGCCCACGUGAAGCGCAACAUAGUCUAUUAUCUGUUGUAUCCACUAUUUAAGGGGAUUCUUGAAGAUCACGAUCUUCAGCAUAUAAUGCUUUUACAAUAUGGAAUGUUACUUUUGAGUCCUUUCGAUAAAAAUCCAGUAUCUCAGUCAAAUUUGUUGGAAGCUAAAAAAGUUUUUGAACAAUACUCUGUUGGGCUUACGGAACUUGGCAUACCUUGUCGGUUUGUAAGCCAUCAAGUGACUCACGUGUGGGAGGACGUUAAAAAAUAUAAAUGCGGAACUGAGACCAUCAGCGCUUUCCCGUUUGAAAGUUUUCAACGAUUUUUUCGCAACUGUUUGCGUAGUGGUAAUCGCCAGGCCGAACAAAUUCGAAAUAGGUGUAUUGAAAAAAACAAAUACCAACUCCCUACUACGGAAUGUGGAACAAUACUAACCAAUCAAAUGCAACUCGCCAUUGCAAAUAAAAAAUUUAAUGUAAAUUCCAGAUUUCCCCUUGCUUUUUUACGAAAAGGAGAGCGAUGGCCUAAAAGACUUGUAUUUGCUGAUUUCGUCCUGACUAAUCUUUUCCCUAAUAAUGUGAUUCUUUCAAACGAUGAAAUGGUCUACGUCUGCAUUGAUAUUGUUGUUAAUCAAGGCGAUGUAUGUAUCAAAGCCAAAAAAUUUUUUACCCUUCGGAAUGCAUUCAUAACACCGUAUGUCUCUUCUAAAUUUCACAUUUCUGGGGGGAAAUUAAGUGACGAGACUUUUGAAUUGCGUCCAUCUCAAAUCUUUGCCAAAAUGAUGGCCCUUCCUAUAAAUCCCUUUCCCCCAAUAUCGUUUGAUAAUGAAGAACUUGAGUGGUACUUAGUCCCCCUUUUGCAUUCAUUAAAAAAGUAAUGUGAAUUUCAUUUUUGUGAAUGUAUAAUGCCAAGAAAUAGAAUUUUGCUUUCCA